AAGCUCUGUAAGUGAAGUUUUUAUUACGGCCACUAGAGGGAGCGAAUGCCAGCCAGGAAACUGCUUCGUAUGUAAAAGUGGUUUUCAUCUCGUUACUCAAAAUUCGGGUACUUGUGGUUUUUUUUUUUUUUGUUUGUUUGUUCUCCAAUUAUAAUUUUUUUUCUACAUGUUUCACAUUUAGAGCAGAUAGGAUUUAGCAGACUGCUUUGAGUAUUUAUUUUACAUUUAUAAGCUAAACAAAUUAUACCGCCCCAGGCCUCACAAAGAAGGCCUAUUAGGGUAGAAUUUUCCUGCAAGUACAACCCAGACAGGCGCAGGGAAGCUCGGCACGUUGAGGUAUCACAAUGGCAGCCUCUACAGAAAACUGCUUAAGCAAUUCACUAAUAAAUACACCAGAUAAUGAAAAACUGGUGAAACCGAAAGCACAGCUGCUUACAUUGCUGCGCUGUGGCGGUGCAGAAAAGGACAUUUUCACAAUGAAAGAGGUCAUGUUUUACCUGGGGCAAUACAUCAUGGAUAAAGAGCUGUAUGACAAGAAACAGCAACACAUAGUCCACUGUUCUAGUGAUCUUCUAGGAGACGUUUUGGGAGUACACAGCUUUUCUGUGAAAGAACCACGGGUAUUGUAUGCAAUGAUCUCCAAAAACCUGAUAGCUGUCAAAAAUCCAGAUCUCCACACAGCCUUAACAGAACCCAGGUGUCAGAGUGAAACAGAUAGAGGCCCAGAGGUAUCGGGCUGUGAUUCCAGUGAAGAGAAUGGUGCUGCAUGUAGUCUAACUACCGCUGGAAGGAGACGUCGGAAAAGUAACGAAUCUGACAACACAUCUGCAGAUGAUGAUAAUGAUGAGAAGGAGGAGAGUGGGCGACGUAGGAAAAGGCACAAAUCUGACAGCAUCUCGCUCACUUUUGACGAUAGCUUGUCGUGGUGUGUGAUUGGCGGAUUGUGUCGGGAGCACGGGAGCAGUGAGUCGUCCUCGGAUUCUCCCACUAAUCCUGAUGCUGACAUUGUUUCCGGCAGCGAAGACUCGGACGAAACUUGGUUCAGCCAAGAUUCCGACUCGGACCAUUUCAGUGUGGAGUUUGAAGUGGAAUCCAUUCACUCGGAUACUUACAGUCAGAACGAAGAGGCGCAGGAUCUGACCGAUGAAGAUGACGAGGUUUAUGAAGUCACCAUCAUCGAGGCUGAAGACGAUGACUCCUUUGAUGAGGACACAGAAAUUUCAGAAGCGGAUUACUGGAAGUGCUCAAAGUGCGACGAACUCAACCCACCUCUUCCUGGCCGAUGCCAUCGAUGUUGGUCACUCCGUAAAGACUGGUUUCCAGAAUUCAACAAUCCCAAAUCCUGGAACUCAAAGUCAGCUGCCCUGGACAAGCCAGGUCUAGAGGAAGGCAUUGAUGUUCCAGAUGGCAAGAGAGCCAUUUCAGAUCCCUCUUGCGGAUCGACGUUGGACGUGAACAAAAGCAAAGAUGUUUGCUCCUCGGAGGGCUGCGAAACGUUUGCUUCCGAAUCUCAGGAGACCUUGUCCUUGCAGCCAUCCACCUCGAGCACCAGUAACAGCCAAGAGGAUACCCCAGAGCUGGAGAGGGAGAGCAGUCUGGAGCCCUGCCUCCCCCAGAGCAGCGUGGAGCCCUGCGUCAUCUGCCAGAGCCGGCCCAAGAACGGCUGUAUCGUUCACGGCAGGACGGGCCACCUCAUGGCAUGCUACACGUGCGCCAAGAAGCUCAAGAAGCGCAAUAAGUUAUGUCCGGUCUGCAGACAGCCGAUACAGAUGGUGGUGUUAACCUAUUUCAGCUGAUGGCUAUUUAAUAUAAGCAAAUAUUAUUAGAAUUAUAUGCAUAUGUUUGAAGAGAUUUUUUGUAUAUUGUUUUUUUUAAAUCCAUAAAAUUUAAAUAUUUUAGGAAAAUUGUAUUGUUAAUAACAUAGAUGCCUUUUUGACAGGUUGCGAUCUCAAGUUUAAUGUCGCUCAGAAAAGAUUAUUUGAAAAAAAAAUUUAAAUCUGGUUUUGGACCAAAGGUUGUCUAUGGUAACACAUAAAUGUCAUCAUUUUGUGAAAGUGGUACUGCAUUUCUUUGCAUGUAUACACUUUUGAGAAUACUUGAAGUCGGGGACCAUUCUAAAAUGUGCCUUUAGUGAACAUGCCUCAACCUGUGAGUUCAUAAAGCAGUUCUGAUAGCUAUGAUCAGUGGUUCUCAUUUAUGGCUCUUUCGUUCAAUUCAGUUCCAUUCCAGGACCUACCAUCCAUGUCUUUAAUUAUUGAACUGAGCCGUCUAGAGCCUUGCUUCGGACCUGGGGGGUGCUUCCCCUAUAACAGCAGUACUUGUGACUCUAAGAUUAUUCCGCUUAUAAGAUUAUAACCAUCUUUCUGUGUAUUUCCCAAACCUCUCGAGAUUCUCACAAGCAUCCAUUUGGUUUUCAAGUAUCACUCAAGGGUGUAAUGGUGGGGGAACAAGUUUAGUCAUUUUUGUUUGAAAUCUACAACGAUGACUAAGUGCUAGGUUUCUGAAGAUUCAAAUAAAACUAUUCUUUUUAAAGCAGCAAUA